AAUAAAAGUUUUGUCCGUCAGAUCUUAUAUUUAAUACAAUAAUUAAGUUAAUCACUUUCGUCAGUGUCAGUGUUAUUGGUAUUAAACCACUGGUCACUCAAAUUUUCACAAUAUAUUAGUAGUGCUCGUGCAAUGGUUGGCCAGUUGUCAAAAUAAGGGUCAAAAUCAGUGUUGACCAUGAAAAUAUCAACUUUUGGGAGAUUUCUAUUGUCGGCUUUUGUAUAACCUUGUUCCAUGAUAAAUGAUUGAUAGGCGUUUUAAACACUUGCGACAACUUCUGUUGUGACUGUAGUCCUUCAAUUAGUUAGUUACAAAUUACAAUUAAAUAUUUUUAGAAAAAUGCAAAUAAAUUUAGAAUAACUCGAAAUAACAUACAAAGCAGUGUUGUUUACUUAUCACUCCUUACGUACGACAUCACCCACUGUGAUUGGUGUUUUGGUUCUAAGCUGCACAGAUAAAAAAUAUUGGAUUUAUGCAAUUUUAUUUAUUGAUUUAAAAUAAAAAAUCUUUGUAUUUCUUAAAAAAAUUUAUUAAGUGAUGUUCUUGUAUAACAAACUUUAUUUUAAAACACAAUUUACAUUUUUUUCGAUUACUGUCCGGUACCCUAUUUAGCCUAUUUAUUUAUUUAUUUAGAGCGAUAGGAAAAAUAUCUAUACCGCUCUCGCUUUUGACCCAUGUGUCUGAGCUGAGAAACAUUCUGUCCUUUGGCUCUGUCAGAGUCUGAAUAAUUACUAAAACAUAGAGAGUCUGGUGUACAACCAUCAUAUUUAUCUCUUUACUAGCUGUUACCUUCGACUUGUAAGCGUGGAAGGAUCUAUCAUGGUAUUCAUGGUACCUUCAGUAGUUUUAAAUACGGGCAGUAGCACAUCAACCUACCCAAAAUUGCCUAUACUGCCAUAUAUUGUCCCGCAAAGGUCAAUUUGAUGUGUAGUUCACUGUACAUAUUUUUUUAUUGUUGAGUUGUAUUAUCAAUUGACAAUAAUUACCAGGCUAUAAAAAGGUAAGUGCCGAAGCAAGGGUAUGUUUACUGUAUAUUAAUUACAGUGGCAUUGUCAUUUUACUUGUACGAAAUACGAUGUUAAACGCGAAUUAUUUAAAAAAAUGCCUAUAUAUUUAUUAGAAAACAUUGUGUAAAAAUGUCUGUAGGGGAAACGCCAAAUAUUAGUACUUAUUAAAAGGUUCAAACUUUACAUUUAACUUUACAUAUUACCUUAAAUAAAGAAGCAUUGAUAUUUUACAAACACGAGCAAGAGCACAACACUAUUAUCGAUGUGGUCGAUACAAAGCGUGUAGUACAUCACUAAGUGUCAAUAUGACUUUGACAAGAAAAUCAACUUAUAGUAGCUCUGAAAAUAAAUGUAGUAUUUCUUGUUUAUUUUUUAAUAUUGUGUAUACCUUACGGCGCAGAGGUUUUAUACUUUUUGAUCUGAGCAAUAGUGUCAUGUCUGUUUCUUAAUUUUGCAAUUUAAUCUAAUGUAAAAAUUUCCAAGUUUCUAUUUUUAAUACAUAUGUUCUAGUUAUCUUUUUCGGCCCUGGUAUUUAUUUAUCCAGCCAGUGAUAUUCGCUUUGAUCCAGACGGCGUACUCUAAAAUGAGUGGACUGAAGAAGAGAAAGUGCGAAAUAUGCAAAAUAAAAACUUGUACAAUAGACAGUCAAAAAGCAGUUUUCAUGGCGAAAUUUCCAUUGGAAGCAAAUCGUUGUAGACAAUGGGUAGCCGCUACCGGUAACAAACAUUUAAUCAAUGUGCCAAUUGAAAAAUUGAACCAACUUAAAUAUGUUUGUGGCAAACAUUUUCGUCCAAAAGAUUUUAAAAGGAAAAAGACGCAACUAAAAAAGCAUGCUGUUCCAAUUAUUGAUGUUUCUGAAAAUCCAUUGCCAGAUGACUUGUUCCACAACUUUCCAUUACACAUCAAACAUGUGCCUCGAAACUCAAAAAACAAUGUUUUACGUGAUCAUAAUUACUACAGACGCACUGAUCAGGGUAUAAAAGACAGUAGUUCAAACGAGGGGACUUCAGAACCCCCAGUCGAAAGGCCAAUGGGCGAAACGAGUGAAGAAGUUUGUACACAGCCUAUGGACUUAAAUAAGCAAACAAAUGAACCAGAUCUAGACGCACUUGGGAGUCCUAGUCCUAGUCAUUCUGAUGUUCCUGAACCUGAGCCCAUGGCAUUUUCUUGGCAGAAUACUGAACACAUCAUCGUUGAAAAAGACAAUCUAGACACGGAUAAUAUACAGCCGAAUGAAAACGCUCCAGAUUCCAUGCAAGAUGAAAAAUGUCAUAAAACUUUGACUGAAGCAGCCACCCGCGAAGAAGAAUAUAGAAAAGAGAAGCACACAGGAUUCUCGUGUGACUACUGCCUGGGAGAUAUUGUUGGUUUCAGAUACACAUGCAUCCAAUGCGAGAACUUCGACUUGUGCGCCGCGUGUGAGAGCAGACUGGUGCAUCCCCUGCAUUACAUGCUGCGCGUGAGCAUGCCCAAACCUUACAAUGAAGUGCGGCGCGUGAUCACGGCGAUCAGAGACAAACUGGCGAAACUCGAGGAAGAUUUCAGGCAAUGCAGUGUCCUGUUUGACGACGUGCUCAUAAAGAAAGAGGAAGACCCCCUGGUAGAGGAGAGUGUGGAGCCUCUGCCGAGUGUGCUGGGGGAAGCUGUACAGCCAGAAACUGUACCAAACGUCGAUGAUAGUCUAUAUGGGAUCUCGGAAGAACCAAAUACAUUUUGGUUAUCAUCAAAACAUACCACAUUACAAAAUGAAGACUGUGGGAGGAGUUCCGAAGAUCAUUAUGUGGAUGGUUCUCAGCACCGAAGAGAAGAACCUUUUAUUAAAAAAGAAUAUGAAGAAGAAGAAUUACUAGAUGGAACGUGGUUCGGUGAAUCUGACAAAGACAAUAAUAGAAAGCGGAGAAUUAUUGUUGUGAACAAAUUUCAGAGAGGAAAGAUGAGAAAACCGGUGAAAAGUAAAGAUGUGUGUGUCAACGAAGGACGCCCUGAACAAUCCUAUUGAUUGUGACACGGAAAUAUUACCAAGGAGAAAAAUCAACUCGAAAUUAAAAAUAUUGAAACUUAAAUAACUUCAAAAAAGGAUAUUCUAAAUUCGUAAUUUUUUAUAAGAUGGAAACAGAUUUGUUUCGAGUUUUUUUAUUUACAUCAAUUGGGACUUUCAAGGAAAUGUUUCCCGUUUGAAGCUACUAAGAAGAUGAUAUCCAGUUUAGUUAAAUUUCUGUAGAUUUAAAGUCCUUGAAAUAUAGGUUGUUUAGAAUGUGGGCAUCAGUUAAUUAGUUCCAAUUAUAACAUAAAAAAGUGUACGGAAUCGAAAAUUCAACAAUAAAUGAGCAACUAAUAACGUUCUUCCUCUUGUAACCGGCAUAACCGCCUUGCGUCCGUUACACAGAUUACCCUCAAUUGUUUGAGCAUCUCUCACACAGUCACCAAACGGAGACGAAGUGCGGGGGGCGGUCGGGAACAGAAACUAGUGAAUUUAUCGUCAUUUAGUUAAAAAGUACACAAUCGAUAUAAUUUUCUUCCUUCAAAUUAAAAGGGUAGGUACAGGGUACAGGUAGUACCAUCACUAAUGUAAAUGACUACAGGCCGCCCGCGACUAUGUCCGCGUAGAACCCUUAUCAUAACAUAACAAUCAAUCCCUCGGGAACUCCAGGAUAAAAAGUAGCCUAUAUGUUAUUCUGGGUCUUCAGCUACCUACAUACCAAGUAGUUUUUGCGUAAAAGAGUAACAAACAUCCAUACUGACAUACAAACUUUCGCAUUUAUAAUAUUACUAGCGACCCGCCCCGGCUUCGCACGGGUGCAAAAUUAUAAAUGUUAUUAUACAUAAAAACCUUCCUCUUGAAUCACUCUACCUGUUACAAAAAACCGCAUCAAAAUCCGUUGCGUAAUUUUAAAGAUUUAAGCAUACAGACAAACAGGCUAAAAUAGCGACUUUGUUUUAUACUAUGUAGUGAAGUAGGAUAAUGCUUGGUGACCGUGGGCGCCCUUACAUGCGGAAUCUAUUGGGGGUAAUCUGUGGUCUGUUACCACAACCGUGGACUGGAAGCAACUGCCAUCUGAUCUCCAUUGAAGGGGAACCUAACCCAUAUUAUGGAUAGACGUCCAGUUACUUGAAUGAACAGGUUUUCUCACGAAGUUUUCCCCUCACAGUAAGAGCAACUUUUACUAUUUCAACUAACUGUACAUAACUUGUAAAAUAGUCAUUAAUACAUGACUGAGAUAGGAUUCGAACCGGUGCCUUUCUGCGCAACACGCAUUUUAACCGGGCACCUUACCCAUUCGACCACCGACGCUUUAUAUUUUGUUAUAAAAUAUUGUAUUCCAAAAAUUGAAUUAUAUGUAAAUGUCUCCCAAGUGUGACUUGAUCGUUUCGUUAAAAAAUGACGAUUCGUGAUUUUUUUUGUGAACGAAUAUUAUUCUUAGACCUUUUAUGAUGAUUUUAUUAUAAUAAUGAUCGACGUGAUGUAUUAGUAUGAUGUAUAAGUAUAGAUAUUACUGGUAAUAGAAAAAUGUAUGUUGUGAAUUGUAAAUAUUGUUUUCUUACAACAUUGUUACAAUUAUGAAAGUAAAACAUGCUUUUAAUUA